AUGCCAUCUUCACAUGGCAAGUCUGCUGUAAUUGGAGGCUGUAAAGCACUGCUACUUUGCUGUCCUAUUCUUGUUUUCUUGAUUGUUGUAUUGCUGCUCCCAAUAGGGAUUUGGAAUUGCCCAUCAUCUUCUUCUUCUUUAAGAUUGUUGUUAAGUUCUUCAUUUUCUUCUUCAUUUUCAUUAGAUGAAUCAAGAUCUGAGAUUGAGAGUGAUGAUGAUGAUUCCCCCACCAAUCUAAGCCAUUUGGUGUUUGGGCUUUUGGGGUCGGAGAAAGCGUGGCGCCACCGAAAAGCCUAUGUAGAGUCGUGGUGGCGGCCGAACGCCACGGUAGGGUUCCUCCUGUUGGAUAAGCCCCCCGGGGACGAACUCCUGCCGUGGCCUCCCAGCUCUCCUCCUUAUCGGGUGUCUGACAAUGUGAGUCGGGUGGUGGAAGAAACCAACCAUGUGAAUCCGCGUGUGGCCCGGAUGGUCCACGGGAUCAUGGAGACGGUACGGGAUGCGCCUCAACGGGUUACGGGGACGCCCCUAAGGUGGGUCGUCAUGGGAGAUGACGACUCGAUUUUUAUGGUGGAUAAUUUGGUGGAUGUUCUUGCUCAAUAUGACCACACUAAGUACUACUAUCUUGGGGGGCAUUCUGAGUUCAUUCCUGCAAAUUAUCACUUCUCCUUUAAGCAGGCCUUUGGGGGAGCUGGAAUUGUGUUGAGCUUUCCUUUGGCCAUGGCCAUGGCGGAUGGUAUCAUGGAUUGCCUCAAGAGGUAUUCUCACCUCAAUAGUGCGGAUAAAACUACUGGCUAUUGCAUUGCUGAUCUUGGGGUUAAUCUAUCUCCUCACCAAGGUUUUCACCAGGUAUAG